AUGGCUUCUGAAAACCCAAAAGUUUUCUUCGAUGUUGAUAUCGGUGGAGAAAAGGUUGGAAGAAUAUUAUUCGAGUUAUUUAAAGACAUUGUUCCAAAGACAGCCGAGAAUUUCCGAGCUCUGUGUACUGGAGAAAAAGGUGUUGGACAAUCAGGGAAACCUCUACAUUACAAAGGAUGUGGCUUCCAUCGAAUUAUAAAAGAUUUUAUGAUCCAAGGAGGAGAUUUUACAGCUGGUGAUGGAACAGGAGGGGAGAGUAUUUAUGGUGAAAAGUUUGAAGAUGAAAAUUUCAAAUAUAAACAUGAAAGACCAGGCCUAUUAAGUAUGGCCAAUGCUGGACCGAAUACUAAUGGAUCUCAGUUUUUUAUAACCACUGUGACUACUCCUCAUCUAGAUGAUAAACAUGUUGUGUUUGGUAAAGUUUUAAAAGGUAUUGGAAUUGUUAGACAACUGGAGGCUCAGGAGACUCAAGAAGAUAAACCAUUACAGGAAUGUAAGAUCUUAGAUUGUGGUGAAAUAUUACCAGGGCAACCAGACGGCGUAGAGAUGGAUGAUGGGACAGGUGAUGUGUAUCCUGAUUGGCCACAGGAUGCCGAGGGUGUAGAUUUUAAAAACGUAGAGAAGAUAAUAAAAAUAUCUGAAGAAAUUAAAGCUAUAGGAACAACAUUGAUUAAAAAACAAGAUUAUACCAGAGCUAAGAAAAAAUAUGAUAAAUCUCUAAGAUUUUUAUCAACAAUGACAGAUGAAAUGAGUUUAGGUGAAGAAGAAGAAAAUGAGAUAGGAAGAAGCCAUGUUUUAUCUUUAUUAUUAAAUAUGUCAUUAUGUUGUUUAAAACUAGAGAAAUACGAUGAAGCUAUUGAAAACUGUAAUGAGGCCCUAGAAAUUGACAGUAGCAAUGCUAAAGCUUUGUUUAGAAAAGGACAAGCUACUUUUGGUUUAGGAAAUUGGGAUGAAGCAUUGGUUCAUCUGAAUGCAGCAUUGAAAUCACAGCCUGAUGAUGCAGGUAUAAAGAAAGAAAUUAACAGAGUUCAAACACAGAAAAAGAAUUAUGCAACCAAAGAAAAACAAAUGUAUGCCAAGAUGUUCUCUAGCUAG